AUGUUCUCAAAGAAAAAGAAAAAACCUCAAAUAUCUUCACCUACAAAUUUUGAACACAGAGUGCAUACUGGCUUCGAUAAACGUGAAGGUAAAUUUAUAGGUUUGCCUCUACAAUGGGCAAGCAUAGUUGGUAACAAUCAAAUACUGAAGAGCACCAAUAGACCAUUACCUCUGGUGGAUCCAUCAGAAAUCACUCCUACAGAAAUAUUGGAUUUAAAAACAAUUGUGCGUGGUGAAAAUAAUCCAAAAAUCAAUAAUAACCCUGUUAACAUUCGAAAUAAUGAAACAGCUGGACUUCCAAAAACAUCUAAUGUUGCACGUUCAAACUCGUUGCGUUCCUCAAGUCCACCACGAAUACGGAGGCAACAUCCAAAUGUACCUCCUCCAUUGCCAGAAAAUGAAGUGUUAGUAAUGAACCAGAGUUUAGUACCACAACAUUUACCACAAUAUCCAAUACCUAACAAUACUCAAACAAAACUUGAUUACAGCAAUAAAUUCAUAAAACCAGGAGGUUCAGAAUGGUCUGCUCAAGAAACGCCAGUAUCACGAAUAAAUCAGAACAAUACUCCUACAGGCCAAACAAUAAUAUCCGAUCAAGGUGGAUCACAUUCAUAUCAUUCUGCACAAAAUGGAAAUAUCCCACCAAUAUUUUCUAAUGGCUCAGCAGUGGACUCACCAUCCGGAAGUCAAACAUCACAAGCCAAUACUCCCGUGCCACCAAAUCGUACCCAUCCUGUUAUUAACAAUGCCCAGAUUGUUAGUACAAACAAGGGCAUUGCUCAAAGUCAUACUAGAAAUCAAGAUCAGAACCAAAAUGUUAAACCAACCACAAAUGGUAUAUCAACAGCUAGUACAAUGUCAAUUCCUAGUAUAGCUACAAAACAACAUCAUGAGCAACAACGCAUUACGCAUGAACAAUUCAGGGCUGCCCUUCAACUUGUUGUUAGUCCAGGAGAUCCUCGCGAAAAUUUGGAUAGUUUCAAAAAAAUUGGUGAAGGGUCAACGGGUACUGUUUGCAUAGCUACAGAUCGAAUGACCGGUCGUAAAGUGGCUGUAAAAAAAAUGGAUUUAAGGAAGCAACAACGUAGAGAGUUGUUGUUCAAUGAAGUUGUUAUAAUGAGAGAUUAUCACCAUGCAAACAUUGUUGAUAUGUAUGACAGUUUUUUGGUUGGUGACGAAUUAUGGGUUGUAAUGGAAUACUUAGAGGGCGGAGCACUUACUGAUAUGGUAACACACACUAGAAUGGACGAAGAACAGAUUGCUACUGUUUGCAAGCAGUGUUUAAAAGCAUUGGCAUAUUUGCAUUCACAGGGGGUAAUACAUAGAGAUAUAAAAAGUGAUUCCAUACUUUUGACUACUGACGGAAGAGUGAAAAUUUCCGAUUUUGGUUUUUGUGCUCAAGUAUCUCAAGAGUUGCCUAAGAGAAAAUCAUUAGUUGGAACACCCUAUUGGAUGUCCCCUGAAGUGAUUUCACGUUUACCAUAUGGGCCAGAAGUUGACAUAUGGUCAUUAGGUAUUAUGGUCAUUGAAAUGGUUGAUGGUGAACCACCUUUCUUUAAUGAACCACCUCUUCAAGCUAUGAGAAGAAUACGUGACAUGCCUCCACCAAAACUUAAAAAUUCCAAUAAAAUAUCACCCAGACUACAGGGCUUUUUAGAAAGGUUAUUAGUCAGGGAUCCAGCGCAAAGAGCAACUGCGGCUGAACUUCUACAACAUCCGUUCUUAAGAUUAGCUGGUCCUCCUUCGCUGCUAGUGCCAUUAAUACGAGGGUCCAGACAUAGCAACUGUUAA